GCUCCGAGGCCCCACGGGCUUCUGCGGCCGGGUGCGCAUGGACCCGGCGGCCUGGCUGCUGCAGGAGGCGGCCAGAGGCUUCGCUGCGGGCGCGGCGGCGUGGGGCGCGUCCUGGGGCGCGCAGUGCCCAGCGGCCCCGCCUUACCCGGCUUGCUCCUGCCAGUGCGACCCGCGCUUGGUCUGCCCCGGAGGCAGCCACGCCGAGGCGGCCGCGCCAGGCGCGGCGGUGGCCGGCGUCUGGCUGAUCAGCCUAGCGGCCGCGGUGGUAGGCACUUGGGCUUGCUCGCGGCGCUUUGCGGUGGCAGCGGCCCCGCCCGCGGCGGUAGCCGCAGCGCGCGCCCCGCCGGCGCUGCCAGCGCCCGCCCCGCCUUCGUCCCUGCCUGAGGUCGCGGCGGCCCAGGUGUGCACGCUCACCCCAGACGACGACAGCUACGAGGAGGACCUCUACGCGCCCGCCGACGUGCAGCGCUGGCUGCCGUGCCUUGGAGGCCGCAUGGGCGCCUACCCGCCUGCGGCAGGCGCUGGGCACGUGCACGGUUUCCGCGGCGUCCCUGCGCCCGUGCGGAUCGCGCAGGUGCUGACCGCUGCGGCUGCGCGCCUCGGCGUGGGCCUCACGGCGGGCGCGACGGUGGUGCCCAACCUUGGUGGCGCGGCUGGCGGGCCCGGCCCCUCCCAGGCCUGGCGGCCGGGGCGCCUCCUGCUGCGGAUGCAGGCGCGCCGGCUGCCGGUGGAGCCGCGGCUGCAGCCCUUCCACCUGGCCUACUGGUGGCCGCCCCGCCCCCUGGCGCAGCAGCAGCGGCCGCUGCUGGCGCGGCUGGUGGCGCGGCUGGCUUGCGGCCGUGGCGCCAGCCGUCGCGGCGGCUCCGCAGUCGCCUACGACCUCCAGGGCCAGCGGCACCGGGACUUCCGCACGGCGGUCAUGGCCAUGACCGAAGGCAGCUUCCCCGACUGGCCUGUGCGGGGCCCCAGGACGCCGCUGUGGUGCCUCAAGUUCAUGGAGGCGCACGGCGGCACCCCGACUGGCCGCCACUCACGGUGGCUCUCGGAGACGCGGCUCCAGGGGCAUGAGCCCGGCGUCGACGAGCACGAGAGGGCGUGCAGGACGCUGGAAAACAUGGUGGUGUACGACCAGCUCAACGUGGCGAACCUCGCCGAGGGCGAGAUGCUUGCCAGGGCGGUGCAGCUUCAGGAGGAGCGCUACCGCGACCGCGUGGCGCCCGCCGUAGACUCGACGAACAUUGAGUCGCACGUGCUGCUCGGCAUGGAUCAGCUGCGUGGGAACGUGUGCGCGUCGCCAGCACUCCAGGACUUCUGCAAGGAUGAGCUGACUAAGACGAACGCCUACAGGAAGGAGCAACGAAAAGCCAGAGAGGAGCGCGACUUGGCCCGCAAGAACAAGAAAGGGGCCAAGGGCGACAAGGGCUCUGGCAAGGGAGUGCGUGGCGGUGGUCACAGUUCUGGGUCUGGUCGCCAGGGCAAGCGUCGCAUGAGGGACGCUUCGGAUUGGCACGACUGGGCUAACGACGCCAUCGACUUCAUGAACGUUGCGUGCGCCCCUGGGGCUCAGCCCUCCGCCGUCGGGAUCUCCGAAGGCCAGCGGGCGUCUCUCGAGCACAUGCAGUCUGCUUUCACCAGCCUGGCACCUCUUGCUGCUAAUAAUAAUUGUCCUGAAGGAGCUCUCGCUGACCUUCUUUCGGGCUCUCCCCCUUACAGCUCGGGGGGCCCACGCCUGCCCUAUUCGCGGGACCAGAUCUCGUGGCCCGACGUCGGCGACGACCCCGUGCCGCUCACGAGCGUCGUUGCUGGCCCGGACGCUCAGUGGCUUGGGGCCUGGAGCUCGAGGAUGCUGCGUGAUCGGGGCGAGGCAGAUGCCCUCCUGCAGCAGGUUUGCCCUCGCGGGCCGUACGUGGGCCCGCACCUCUCUUUCUCGCCGGCGACUUACGCCGACUUCCUUGCUCAGAUGCUGAAGCUCAAGAUGGUCUGCUUCCAGGCGGAGGAUCCCAAUAUCACGCCGAUCGGCGUCUUCUGCGUGGCAAAGAAGAGCAACCGUGCGCCAGGAGGCCGCGAGGUCAUCGCCGCGGGCGACAUCGACAACGCGUUUUACCGCCUCAAGAUGCCGGGCGGUCUCUGCAGCUACUUCAGGCUCCCGCCGAUCGACAGGCGCCACCUGGAGGCUCGCGGCAUUUCAGGGCUGCCCAGCGGGGGCUGGCUGCAGGCGCGCCUUGUCGCGCUGCCCAUGGGUUUCUCUUGGGCGCUCCACUUGUGCCAGCUGGCCCUGAAGACGGCCGUGGCGCGCGCAGGGGUGCCUGCCCAGCUCAUCAUCGAGGGCGGGCUCCCAGGCGUCGUCUUGGAGCCUGAAGCUGAGCCCGCCGCCGCCGGGCACGUCGACAACUAUCUGUCGGUCGGCGCGGACGAGGGGCGCGUCGACCAGGCCCUGGACCGCGUCACUGGGGCACUGGAGGCUGCUGGCCUGCGCGUCCACGCGCCUGAGCGGGCUGCGGAGUCCUGCAGUUCCUUGGGCAUGGAGCUGCGGCGCGGUCGCUGGCUCGCCAUCAAGGGGCGGUCCGCCUGGCGACCCAGGUUCGCCAUCGAGGAGAUGCUGCGGCGCAGGCGCGCAUCGGGCCACCCGGUGCGCGUCGUGGUCGGCCACCUGCCCUGGGCCUCGAUGGCGAGGCGCGAGGCGCUCGGGAUUCUCAACGCCACCUACGCCUUCAUGGCAGCCGCUGGCGCGGAGGCGCA